AUGCGCUGGGUUUUUUAUAUUGCGUUCCUGGCGCUGACCUCGGCCGCGUUUCUCGAGGAGUGUCGGAAGGUCCCGUGCAAACCGCAUUGGUACUGUGGCAGGGAUUAUCUAUGCAGGCCCAGGAGGCGUAUCGAGAAGAACGUCCACUGUAACCGGAAGCUCGACUAUCAAGAGUGCAUGGAUGGGCUCUUCUGCUGCGAACAAAUCGGCCGCAGCCCCCGUGGAUACUGCCGGCCAAUCGGGACGAAUCACAAUCAAACGACGGACUGCGAUCCAGCGUCGUGGGGUCGU